AUGGUCAACUCGACGAAAUUGCGACAUUUGAAUUUCAGGAUAUUUCCACGUUUAGAGCUUUGGCACGUAACAGUUGGUAUUUCUGACGAGAUGCCGGUCAUAGGAAUCAAGAAGUCAGUCAUCGAUCGAUAUAUGGGCAGAAUAUAUACCCAAAAGGAGUUCGAGAAUUUGUUGUUUGAUUAUGGCUUAGAACUCGAUGAAGUGACAAGCGAAAAAGCUGCAGCGCAGAAAGAAAAAGGAUUGACAAUGGACGAGAAAGAUGUAAAUAAAUUAUGCGACGAGGAAAUAUAUAAAAUAGAGUUGCCAGCAAAUCGUUAUGAUUUGCUCUGUAUUGAAGGUCUUUCGCGUGCUUUACGGAUAUUCAGAAAUGAGAUGAAGCCACCAACUUAUCAACAGUGUAGACGGUCUCACUUUCGACAUCAGAUAAUAAUUAAACCUGAAGUUCUGUCAAUACGGCCAUUUGUCGUAGGAGCUGUUUUGGUCGGUGUCAAAUUAGAUGCUGAUUCUUACGCUUCACUGAUUGAUCUGCAAGAUAAAUUGCAUCAAAAUAUAUGUAGAAAAAGAACGUUAGUAGCUAUUGGUACUCAUGACUUGGAUACAGUGCAAGGUCCUUUUUAUUACGGAGCAGAGAAACCAGCUAACUUAAGAUUCAAACCAUUGAAUCAAACAACGGAGUAUACAGCAGAGGAGAUGAUGAGGGAUAGCCAUUUGAAACAAUAUCUUCCGAUUAUUAUCGAUAAGGAGCGAUAUCCGGUAAUUAGAGACAAAAAUGGAAUUGUAUUAUCUAUGCCACCUAUUAUCAACGGAGAACACUCGAAAAUUCAACUUAGUACCCGCAAUGUAUUAAUCGAAGUAACUGCCACACAUCUGGAAAAAGCUAAAAUAGUGCUUAAUACAAUUGUAUCAAUGUUCAGCCAAUAUGCAUCAAAUGGAGCCGAAAAUGAUACUUCGUUCCUUGUUGAACCAGUGGAAGUUAUUGCGGUCGAUGGUACGAAAUGUGAAUACCCGGCGCAAUGGGAUAUAAUUGUGAAUCACUAUGAGAAUGGUUUGCACGGGGUAGUAUUAGAUGUUGUUGUUCUACUGCAAGAAGGCUUCGAUCUUAAUGAUAGGUCGAUGAUAGUAAGCGUUGAUAGCAUCAACAGAAGAAUUGGACUGAACUUGAAAGCGGAGGAAAUGUGCUCCCUCCUCAACAGAAUGUCACUUGAAACGAGAGUACAUUCGAAAGAGAAAAAUCCAGAUCUUCUAGAAGUCCGAGUACCUAUAACGAGAGCUGAUGUAUUGCAUGAAUGUGACGUGGCAGAAGAUGUUGCUAUUGCAUAUGGUUUUAACCGGAUUGAACAACAAUUUCCAGAAACUUAUACUACUGGAGAACCGUUUCCGUUGAAUAAGUUAACUGACUUGCUGCGGCAUGACAUUGCUGCUGCCGGUUGGACUGAAACAUUGAACUUUGCCUUGUGUAGCCGUGAUGACAUAUCAGUGAAGUUAAGAAAACUGGAUAAUCUUGAGCAUGCCGUUAAAAUAUCGAAUCCAAAAACGUCUGAAUUUCAGGUAGCCAGAACAUCAUUACUUCCUGGUUUGUUAAAAACACUUGCCUCUAAUAAGGAUAUGCCACUGCCUCUUCGAUUGUUUGAGAUUCAAGACGUGGUUUUGAAAGACUUAUCUACAGAUAUAGGCGCAAGAAAUGAGCGCCGCUUGUGUGCUCUAUAUUGCAGUAAAACAUCAGGCUUUGAAGUCAUACACGGCUUAUUGAAUCGAGUUAUGCAGCUUCUUGGAGUAAAAUGGACCAAAGAUGGAACAGGAUAUUAUAUUGCAGCUUAUGACGAUCCUACUUAUUUGGAUGGACGAUGUGCGGAGAUUAUUGGACCAGCUGGGAUUUUCCUAGGUAGAGUUGGUGUUCUACAUCCAGAUGUGAUAACUGCUUAUGGACUUGCAUUACCCAUUUCCGUUAUAGAUAUCACUAUUGAACCAUUCCUGUGA